UCAAUUGGUAGUUCUGGGCUGAUUUCUAUUGGAGACAUUUUGGACGACUUUGUCCAUCAAAGGUUUGGCAAAGAUUCUUAUGCACACAUUGAUGGUGGAGAAAUUAUUCCUUCGAAGAAGCGAGCUGCCCUGGACUUGUUCAACGGAGGACGAUCUGCCAGAAAGAAAUAUAAAUGCUUGCCACGUCUGACUGAUAAAAUCGAUAACUCCAUUUGCAUAAGUGAUUCUUUAACUGUGCCUCCAGCGGCUCAUGGUAUCUCAAGAGGAAGUGAUGGAACAAAUGCCUCCGCCUUAGAAGAAACUGUCAUAGAGGCCGGGCAGCGUGUUAGAGCAGUUAUUCCCAUCACCAGAGAGGCACCCACUUCGGAGUUGAUUGGAACUAGCUUACCUACAAUGCAACCGCAGAUUUUCCCAGACCAAGGUAGUGAAGAACACCCACAUCAGGCACAAGUUUCAAUACAUCCAGCAAGAGAGGGUUCAACGGGUAACUCAAGUCAAUACAUGACUGCAGUUCAAGCUGGAAACAAUCACCUGGUACAAUCUUCCCCUGUGCUUCCUGAGGUGCCUCGGUCUGAUUGCUCAGACUCGCUCCUAAAGGAAAUGGAAAGAAUACAGAAGGAUAAGGAGCAAGCUAUCAAGUUGCACGAAGACACAAAAUUGUGGCUCAAAGCUGCGUGUGAAAAAGAGAUAGAUGCGGUACGUAAGAGGUAUGACAUGUUGCUUCGGGAUUCUGAGACAGCAUUAGUGCAAGAGAAAAAGGAUCUUGAGACCUAUUACAACAAAGUGUAUGCGAAUAAGUUAUUGGCUAAGGCUUUGACUGAAAAAUAUGACGACGCCAAAGCAGCUGGUUCACAUGGAACACAACAAGUGACUAUACCUGGAUUCAUGAAUGAAAUAUCUCAGCUAUAUCAUCAGCAAACUGCUUCAAGGAGUAAGUCAAGACUCAAACAAUCGUCAGCAAGUCUGCCAAUGACCAGUCCACCUGUGUCCCCACCAAUUCAAGUCGAGACGCAUUCAUCAGAAGUUCAUCAAACUGCUGGAAGGACUACUCUGGGUCCGGAACAAUCUACGACUAACCUUCCCAUGACUGGUGCUCCUACUAUCCCACCUGCGCAAUUGGUGAACCAUGCUGUUUCAGCAAACUGCUGCAAGGAUGACCCCAGGACCUGCUGA